CCCUUGUAUCACGCCGCUUCCCCUCCUCCAUAUAAUUUUCCAUCAACACAUUCUCCACCACUUUCCGAUCACUCUCCUCCUCCCCUCACACCAAAUUCAAUCUCAUUUCCAAAGUUUCCGCCCAACAAUUUCUCAAUCAAAGAUCUUAAUUGAAUUGUAGAUGCCUAUACCCGAGGAAACAUCAGCAACCUACUGGUGCUAUAGAUGCAAUCGGUUUGUAACCGUUCUUACUGGUAUACGCGAGACGUCUUUAAUUUGCCCUAAUUGUAGUACGGGAUUCGUAGAGGAGAUUGAUAGGACACAGUUAACUGGAUCGAUGGUUCCGGAAUCGAUUCAUCGUCGUUUUCCUGCUGCGGCGAUGUACAUGGCGGCAAACGAACAAAACUCGAGCCCGAGCCCGAGCCCGCCGGUGCUUAGGCGGGCUAGAAGGAAUACGGGUGAUCGAUCGCCGUUUAACCCGGUUAUUGUUCUUCGUGGACCGACUAGUAAUGGUAGCACACCGGAUGUGGCGUCUGUUGAGUCGGGUACUGGAGGGUUUGAGUUGUAUUAUGAUGAUGAAGCAGGGUCGGGUUUGAGGCCGUUGCCGGCGAGUAUGUCGGAGUUUUUGUUGGGUUCGGGGUUUGAUCGGUUUUUGGAUCAGUUGUCGCAGAUUGAAGCUAAUGGGUUGGGGAGGAUUGAUACUAAUCCGCCUGCAUCGAAGGCGGCUAUUGAAUCGAUGCCGACGAUUGAGUUUCAAGAAAAACAUAUACAUACUGAUCCUCACUGUGCUGUUUGUAAAGAAGCGUUUGAGUUAGGAACAGAAGCUAGAGAAAUGCCGUGUAAACAUUUGUACCAUUCGGACUGCAUUCUACCGUGGCUAGCUUUGCGUAAUUCUUGCCCCGUGUGCCGCCAUGAACUGCCAUCGGAUAACCAAGGUUCUGUACAAACCAAUGAGAACAACAAUAGUAAUAAUCAGGCAGGAAAUGAAGAAGAAGCGGUUGGGUUAACGAUAUGGCGGCUGCCUGGCGGUGGGUUUGCGGUUGGGAGGUUUUCCGGUGGGAGGAGAGGAGGGGAACGAGAGUUUCCGGUCGUUUUUACAGAAAUGGAUGGCGGGUUUAAUAGCAAUGGUGCUCCUAGGAGAAUUUCAUGGGCUUCGAGAGGUAAUAAUGGUGCUAGAGAACGUAGUCGGUUUAGGCGAGUGUUGCAUAGUUUGUUUUCUUGCUUUAAUGGUGGUGGGAGGGCUAUUGGUUCAAGUUCAACGUCGACUGCUGGCGGUUCGUGGCGGCACAGGGCUUUGAGAUUUGAUGCAAACCGUUGGGUUCUGAGACGGUUUAGUUGAACUGUAUAGUUCAAUGAUUAAAGGUGUUAACUUUGUGUAAGUAUGAGAAUCAAAGAAGAGCAGUUUAAAAUUGUGAUGAGAAGAGGGUAAAGGCAUGACUGUGUGUUAUUUAUGGUGAGAUGGCAACAAGACUUAUAAAUUGUGAAGAUAUGGAACAUGAAAAUUGCAAGAAACUGGUAUAGGAGACUGGUUCUGUAUUUAUCUAACAUGAUAUCAUUGGCAAGAAGGUUACCACUUUUUAUAUCUAUGAAUGACAGUUGCAUAACAUUUAUUUUAUAUGUACUGCUGGUUUUCUGGCCUUUUGGUGUGUA